UUGCACUUCCGGCGGUUGGAUGCUGAUAAAAGAGUUGUAAUGUUGAUUUGUCUCUAGAGUUAGCGAGAUAUUUCAGAUAAUAUCAGCCUUACAUUCUGUUCCAUUAAAUUACGGUCAACUAGACAUCUUAAAUGUGGUAUAUGGUGAUUAAAAAAUAACGUAUGAUAUCUGCUAUGUUUAAUGGCUCAACUAUGACAGCGAUGCAGACCACGCACAGUCACACGCCUCAGAAUACAUAUAGUCCCCACGAACUGGCCUUGGAAAUAAAGGCUUUCAUUAGUGGGGUCGACCAGACACAGGGACGCAAACUCAGUGUCCGUGAUCAUGCCCGCUGUGCUGUCCGCCUUCUCUGCACGGUGCCAGCGUGCCGAGGCGCCGUGCUGGAACACCUGAGGGGUGUGUAUGAUGAGUAUGUCUCGGGCUUCCUGCAAGAUCUGGAGACAGAAGGCGAUCAUGAGGGUGGCAGCAGCAUGGACUCCAACCUGGAGGAUGUCAUCAAGGAAAUCCACUUGGUGCUGUCCGAGUUCAUCCGCCUGAAUCCCAAAGCCUGGGCCCCGCUGGUGUCCACCUGGGCCGUGGACCUGCUCGGUCAGCUCAGCAGCAAGCACGCCGGCCGCAGGGCAGCGCCGCACUCCUCCAGCCUCAACGAACUCCUCCAGCUGUGGAUGUCCUGCGCCGCCACGCGCUCCCUCAUGGAGAUCUACUCUCAGUGCCUCGCCGCCAUGCUGGCCUGGUGCCCCGACGCCUGCGUGGACGCCUUGCUGGACACGUCCGUGCAGCACUCACCGCACUUCGACUGGGUGGUCGCCCACAUCGGCUCGGCCUUCCCUGACACCAUCAUCAGCCGAGUGCUGGCGUGCGGGCUGAAAGACUUCUGCGCUCACGGCUACCCAACCAGUGCCGACAGGACAAAUCUGCAGGGCGCUCGCGCCAGUCCUACUUCUGCGCUGGCGGGCAUGGACAAAAGCAACAGGGUUCCCAAGAUAGGAUCGGUGGUGGGUAUCCUCGGACACCUGGCCUCCCGACACUCGGACAGCAUCAAAAGGGAGCUCUUUCGGAUGUUUCAGGACAGUGUGUCCCCCCCGCCGCAGCCACCAGUCUCCACGCCGUCGGGCACAGCUGCCUGGGAGAGCUCGGCCCACUUCCGCCAUGCUGCCGUGCCCUUCCUCCUACAGCUCAUCGCCCUGUCCCCGACGCUUCUGGGCGCGGUGUCGGCAGAGCUGGUGGAUUCCUUGCGUCCGCCGGUCCUCCUGCAGCUCCAGUCCCAGCUCCAGGGCCUACCCCGGGAGGAGCUGGAGAACUUGCUGGGCCUAGCAGUGCAUCUGAUCAGCCAGUUUCCCGCAGGGGGAGCCAAGGUGUUGCGUUUCCUUGCCGACACGGCCACUCCGUCCUCCGUGAUCAUCUCCGGACCCUCCCCGUCGCCUCACGAAGGCGUCCGAGAGAGCUGUGACCGCCUGCUGCAGAUGCUGCUCAUGCACCUCCACAAGCUUGUGUACAACCGGCCUGAUGGAGACGAGCCGUACGCCCACUCCUCCUUCUCCCCGUCUGUGCCACCCACCGCCCGAGUGAUCCCUUUCCUGGAGGAGCUGCAGUCCCACAUCGCCGAUCUCUGCGGCGAAACGUUGCGACUGGAAAGGAAGAGGCACCUGUGGCUGCACCAGCUUCUGUGUCUGCUGUCGGUGUACGGGGGCCCCACCGUGGCCACCGAAGCUCUGUGCCACCUGCUUACCCUCGCCCGGAACCCGGAGGAGCUCGCGCUGGCCUCGCAACUCCACGCCCCGCUCUCCAGCUCCAUCCCGGGGCUCAUCCCGGCUGCUGUUGCGCGCUGCGUAGCACAGAUUCACACCCAGAACCUCAGCAGCAGAGAGCUCAGCCAGCUGCUCAACAACCUGGCCACAGCCGUGCAGAGCCAGGAGGAGGACAGGAAGGGAGUGGGGGCGGCCGCAUCAGUGCAGGCGUCCAUGUCCGUUCAAGUCGGGGCAGCCGUCUCUAACCACCUCCACGAUUUCUGUCCCUUGCUCCUUCACGGUGACCAUCUCGUGUCGCGAGCAGCAGCUCGCCUGUUAUCAUGCAGCCAGCUGCCCCGCAGUGCCUCUCCGGCCCACAUCCUGGUCAUUGCGAGGGCAGCUGUGGCCCAUUUCUUCCUGGCCCUCCGGCAGAGGGGAGUGUCUGGACUGCGAGAUGGGGGGAGAGGUGGCAGUGAGGCAGUGACCUACUCGAUGCGGCUUCUGUCUCGACUGGCGGCGUAUUCCCCCCUGACUCUAAAGGCUGUGCUGCAGCAGCUUGUGGAGGGCACACUGCACAGGGGCCACGCCGACUUGUUUGGGGGCCAGGCCACCUGUGACGACACGCCGCUCUCACCCUCAUCUGUUCCGGACAUGGGACCCUCGCUGCUGGACAUCAACUGUAAAUUUGGCACCACGGUGAACUUCUCCAGCAGUGUGUGGUCAGUGUUUCACGCCGGAGUGAUUGGGAAAGGGUUGAAACCUCCAAGUGUUUCUCCACAGCUGGACCCCGACAAAGUCACUCAGAACCUUCAGACCUUGCUGGCGGUGACCGUCCAGUGCUGCAGCUCGGCCGGAGUGGGCUCUGGAGCCAAUGCUGGCAAUGGCUCGGGCGCAGGUCCUUCUAACGGCUCCCGCUUCAAACAAGGUGCUGACCCUGAUGAACCUGCCCCAAUCAACGCUGAGGCAGCUAAGGCCAUCGCUGUCGCUCUGGUGGAGAACAUUUGCCCUGAAGUAACCAAUGGAGAGCUUGCAUGGCCACCCGAAGAACAUGCCAAAACCACAGUGGAGCGAGACAUCCACAUACGCCGUGCCUUUGAGGCAAACCCCAUCCUGUUCCACCUCCUGCGCGUGGUUGCGGCUGGACGCCCUGCCCUCUGUUACUGCUCAGUAGUCCUCAGGGGCCUCCUCGCCACUCUGCUCUCCCACUGGGAGUCCUCGCGAGAGCCCUUGGUCGUGGACUCCCCCUGGCACCUCCAGGCCUCCUGCCUCCUGGUCUCCUGCAUGGGUGAGGGCCAGCUCCUCCCUCCUGUCCUCAGCAACAUCCACGAGCUGUUUCCGCAUCUGACCCCCUUCGAGGUCAGGCUUCUGUUGCUUGGAAUCUGGGAGUACAUGCGCGGCAAUAGUCCCAUGCCCCAGAAGUUCACCUUUAGUGCAGACAAAGGACUUUUCUACCGAGAUUUCUCCCGGGAUGGGGAUGUGGCACGCUACAUGGCACCCAUUCACAGCGUGCUGCAUAAGAACAUUGACCAGCUCGGCCAUUUAUGCUGGAGGUUUCAAGUCUAAGGAACGUGACAGUGUGAUGUACAUUAGAGCGGUUUGAUUGUUGUUACAAAAAGAUGCUUGGGUGUUAGGUCUUUUUUGUGAUGUUCGCUUUCUGUGAUAUUUUCUUUGUGGUGUUUUCUUUCUAUGUACCUUUGUUUACACUUUUGAACACACAACACUUGACAUUAAGAAUACUCUCUAACAUUUCCUUUCACUUUUUGUGUGUAGGCCUAAUAAUGUUCUUACUUUAAGCACACAUAAUUUUAAUUUUCUCAAUUACAUUAAUACUGUGUGUGAGGUAGCCUGAUGUAUGAUCUUGUUUUCAGUCAUUCAGUACAUCUUUCUGCACAUUUCUGUGUGAAAUAUCAGUUUUAUAAUAUCAUAGUCAGCCUUUUGUAAGUGUUUCUGCAGCACUCCAGGACUUUUUUCCAUAGUGACAUUUCACAUUUGUUAUAGUGAUGUUAUUAUGGUGUACUGCAGAUUCUUUUCAAUAAAAAUGUC